CUGGUGAGUCAUUCCGGGACCCGCCUGGCCUCGCCUCGGGACGCCCUCGCCUACUCGGAGUGGGGAUUUCCCGUGCCCCUCCUGGUGGCUUUCGGAGAAGGCGAAAGUGAAAGGGGAAGAGGCGGCUUCGCGACCGGCAGUGGGGACGGGAGAGCGCAGCGCCAUGGAGCCCUUGGGCUUGCUCUUCGCCGUGGCUUUGGGCCUGGCGACCGUGGCCUCGGCCGGACCCGCAGCAAUCGAGUGCUGGUUCGUGGAGGAUAUGGGCAGGGGCGUCCUGGAGAAGAGACCCGCGGCUCUGCUGCUGCGCCGGGGCCCCGGAGGUCCGCCGCCCCGGCCAGACCUGGACCCUAAGCUUUACCUCAGCGUGGACGACCCCGCGGGCGCCCUCCAGGCCGCCCUCCGGCGCUUCCCCCGGGGCGCCCCCGCGCCGCUCUGCGAGAUAUGCCGCUACGAGCCGCUGCCUGCCGCCCCGAGAUGGGCUGCCCGCCUGCGCCAGGAGCAGAGCUGCCCGCGGGCCCUGGAUGGGGCUUGGCUGAUGGUCAGCGUGACCAGUCCGGUCCUCGGCCUCGCCGGCCUCCUGCGAUCACAGCCGGGGCCUCAGCCCGAGCCCGUUCUCAUCACCAUGGCAACAGUGGUGCUUACGGUCCUCACCCACACCCCCGCUCCCCGAGUCCGACUGGGACAGGACGCCGUGCUGGACCUGAGCUUCGCCUACACACCCCCCACCCCCGAGCCUGCCCCCACCCCGGCCCCAGGCCCCCCUCCCUUUGGGCUGGAGUGGCGCCGCCAGCACCAGGGUAAGGGGCACCUGCUCCUGGCUGCGACUCCAGGGCUGGAAGGACAGGUGCCAGCAGCCCAAGAGGGGGCAGUGGCAUUCGCUGCUUGGGACGACGAUGAGCCUUGGGGCCCGUGGACGGGGAACGGCACCUUCUGGCUGCCCGCGGUGCGACCCUUUCAGGAAGGCACCUACCUGGCCACGGUGCACCUGCCGUACCUGCAAGGACAGGUCGCCCUGCAGCUCACCGUGCACCAGCCCCCCAAAGUGUCACUGAGGCCGGCUCCCCUUGUUUGGGCUGCCCCCGGGGAGGCCCCCCCAGAGCUGCUCUGCCUCGUGUCCCGCUUCUACCCUCCUGAGGGCCUGGAGGUGGAGUGGGAGAUCCGAGGGGGCCCAGGGGGUGGCUUCCAGAAGGCCAAGGGGGAGAGGUGGCUCUCAGCCCUUCACCACCACUCAGACGGCUCUGUCAGCCUCUCGGGGCACUUCCGGCCACACCCUGUCACCGCUGAGCACCAUGGCGCGCGCUAUGCCUGUCGUGUCCACCACCCCAGCCUGCCCGCCGCGGGACACAGCGCCAUGGUCACGGUGGAAGUGGCAGGCCUCUCCGGGCCCUCGCUGGAGGACGGUGUAGGCCUCUUCCUGUCUGCCUUUUUGCUCCUCGGACUCAUCAAGGCUCUGGGCUGGGUUGCUGCCUACCUGAGCAUGUGCAGGGAUCCAAAGGAGAAGAAAACACAGUGAAAGCACUCCACCACUAUCCUGUGGAAGCCACCAACAUCUCUGGCCCAAACCACUGUAGCAUCUCCCCCAAAAGAGUACCAUCACCUGCUACUACUCCCUCCAAGGGAUCCGAAAAAAAAUUUUUUUAAGACAUAGGUAUUGUACUGGGCAUGGUGGUGCACACCUGUAAUCCCAGCACUUGGGAGGCUGAGGCAGGAGGAUUACUGCGGCUUUGAGGCCAGCCUGGGCUACACAGUGAAUUCAAGGCCAGCCUGAACUAUGUAUUGAGCCCUGUCUCAAAAAAAAACACACAGAUCUUAUAGCAUUCAUCUUUAUAGAGCUCUUAAGGCAGUGGUUCUCAAAAUUUUUGGUCUUAAGACCUAUGAAAAAACAUCAAAGACCUUAAAGACCUUUU